UCUUAGGAAAUUACCCUCAAAAACAUUUGAUGUGGACCAUCAACUGAUCUCUCUGUUGCUCAUUUACAUCUGCUCCAUGCAGAUCCAGUUUUGCGUUGGUGAAAUGAUCUUGUGUUCUCCUGAUACCAAGAGCACAGUAGGGACCUGUAAAGCAUUUGCCGUUCCCUUAAUGUCAGAUGAAAAGUGAUUCAUUUCCUCUCCAUUUUUGCUUGUUGGGGCCUUUUUUUUAAAGCAUAUGUAAAAACAUUUAGGUAAGAACCCGGGGGAUUUGUGCCCAGUUUUUUGUAUCCUGCUCUGUGUAUUUCAAUACGCAUACAACAGCAGACGGAUAUCAAGUGAGUGCUACAACAAAUAUUAGUGUUAGACUGUUUGCGUUGGGUGUUAACGUUUAUAUGAACAUCACAGGACAGAGUUAAAUAAAUACAUUUUUUAAAAGUUAAGAAACAGCUUUUAUUAUUAUUCUCUGGAUUUUGCUGAUUGAUCAGUUAAGCGUUCAGAUAAAUGGCCAUCCAUUUUUAAAGCAGCCUUGGUUCCAUUAGUAUUUUUACCAUAAGACUAAACAGCUAUGAGGUGAAUCACAACAUUACACAGAAAGGGAAAGAACUACAAUCCCAUGAAGCUUUGCAAAUGACAUAGUAUAUAGAAAUAAUAUAUAUUAUGUUUAUUGCAAAAUAGGCAUUUCUAUACCAAUAUAUAAGUAGUUUGAGAGUAUAGGGUGGGUUCAUGGGAGUGGGCUGAUGCUAAAGGGCUCUUUUGGUUGAUUUGCUUAUUUCGAUUUUCUGAUUGGUGGAGAUUUUUUUUGAGUUAUGGGUAAUGUAGUUUUUCACCAGAAAUUCCACAGUUAAACAUUCAUAUUUAAAACAAAAAAUAAUAAUACAUCGUUUCGAAUCUGUAAAGACUAUACAUUUAUUUGUGUGCGCUCACACACGCUUUUUUAAAAUAAUAAUUAAAAAAACAGGAUGCGCUUUCUGCCGUCUCGGUCUCUGUGAACUUGAGCAUGAAACGUUGAAACUCUGUGUAUACUUGCCUUACAGACAUGAAAAAUAUAUCUAUAGAAAGUGAGAUGUCUAUUUUUAAAUGAACCAAUUCAAAUAGAAAACAAAUCUGCAUGAAACAUGCAUACAGGUGCAUCAGUUACUGCGGAGAUGACGAGUCAGUGUCGCCGACGUAAUCUCUUAAACCGAAAACAAAGCGCUAGUUUAUCAAUAAAUUAUUAAAACGUUAAUGCAGUCUCCUUGCUGUUUUCCCUGACACAUUUAUAAUUAUUACAUCUGCAGGUGCACUGUGGCAAGCUUUUUUUGCGUGCACUGAGCGCUAAUUAGGCAAUGUAGGUCUCAUUAUUAUGAUUUUAUGCUUUAUUAAUAAACGUGCAACUAAUAGUCGACUAAUGCUUAAAAUGAAUGACUACUAGUCAACCAGAAAAAUUGAGGGCGGCCCUAAAUAAUGCACACCGUGGCUUUAACAAAAGCAUAUACUAAAAUAAACCUGACGCAGUACACAGUAGGUCAAUCUUUAACGGUUUAUGAGUUACCAUUAAAAAUCAAUUCCUCUGUGGAGAAAAUUCCAGAACCCACACAAAAAAUAUCUGACCGCAGAAUGGCGUGACCAAAUGAAGUGUUCCAGAACAGCAUGUAAUAAGUAACCUAUUGUUAGUGCCAUGUCUCUUUAAGAGAAACAUUAUAAACAAUUAUAAACAGCAUAAUUAUAUGGUGCUUUAAAUGUGGCCCCAAAUUAACCCCACUUGCCUACAGAGGGACGGUAGUCUUGUUUGAGUUUCCUCUUCGUCAAAGUAUAUUUAGGAGCGCAGAUCAAGAGUACUAGGGUUACGCCGCUGGCCAGCCGUCUCGCCUGUUCUUCUUACCGCUGCUUCACAGGCUUCCUGUUUCCAAGCUUUUGCCACAUUCUUCAGCAUGUAGAUCAUGCCAGCUCAACACUCUCCCAAGACCCCCUCAAUUUUCCCAACUGUGUAACAGGGUUGAUUCCAUUACCAUACCCAUGUCAGAUGACCCAUGUUGGCUAAACAGAACCAUUUGUGCCAUAAAAUGCAUUUUAAACAAAAACAGUAUCCAACAUAUGUUUCUCUGUUUGGGUUAGAGCAUAUGCACAGUGUGCUCAUGUGUGUGGUUUUCGAAUGCAGUAAUUACUGUAAAAGUUAUGUUUUCGGCUAACCAGCAGGUGAUGUCAUAGCCCAGCUUGGUCGCCUUCAUCAUAUGCACCGCACCCUUUUAUGAGCCUGCAAAGAAAAAUAAGUUGUUAAAUGCACGCAAAAGCAGCAUAAAGGAGGAAAAAACAUGGUCAGUAUCACCAUUUUAUUUUUCUCUUCAGCUGAGGCUCUCAAGCUGCCUCGUAUCGCAUCAACCAAUGGGUCGCAAGCAGCGUGACUGUUCCAAUUCUUCCCCUCGUUUGCUUUGGCUGCUAUGUUCGCCCGACUGUGUUCCAGAUGCUGGUGCAUGAGGUCAUCCUGAAACCAGAUUCCAGUCUCAACAGUCUGCCAUCUCCCUAGAGAUCACAUUAAAUAUUUGACUAAAACAGGGGUUUGUCAGUUCGCCAUUACAUCAGCGUCUAUAAAAAUGCCCCCAUUCACGCUUAUCUGUGACCCAUUUAGCGGGUUCCCUUAUUUGCUCUUUAUUUGUUUUAAUGAAACUGUUUGCUGUUAAUUAUAACCAUAUGAACAGAGCUGUAGUCUAGCGGUUAGCACAUGUGCAUGUGUGGGUGACAUGAGAUCGAAUCCAGGGUGAUUUAUAAAAAUCUUUGGAAGAAAGUUAUUAAGGAAAAAUAAUAAUAGUGAAAAAAUGUGUAUAGUAAUAAUAUAAAGGCCCCACUUUUAUUCUAUAUUAUAAACAAUCUUAUAAAAUUAAAGGAGUUGUUCACUUCCAGAAUUAAAAUUUCCUGACAAUUUACUUACCCCCAUGUCAUCCAAGAUGGCCUCAUAUAGCUUUUCAUCUGAAAGAUGUAUGUAGUAGCAACUUUACAUUGCUGCUCAAUCUAAUGUUAACCUAGAAAUAUGUGCGCUAUUAUAGUGCGGAGUGCAUGACAGACGGAGGCGCCGACGCGCUUACUUGCUCUUAAUAUACUCCGUCAUUUUUGGUCAUACAGAUAAAAUACAUCUUUAGAAUCUGUAAAAACUCUAUGUUUAUUUGUGUGCACUCAGAAUAACAACGAAACGUUGUGCUUUUGUAAAACAGUUAAAGCAAACAAGAUGCGCUUUCUGCUGUCUCAAUCUCCGUGAACUUGAGCGCCAAACUCAGUGUACACUUGCCUUACAGAUAUGGAAAAAUAUAUCUAUAGAGAGUGAAAUGUCUACUUUUAAAUGAACCAAAUAAAAUAGAAAACUAAAUAUUCUCAGAUUAUGUAAUCUGUAUGAAACAUGCAUACAGGCGCAUCACUACUGCGGACAUGACAAGUCAGUGUCGCCGACUUCAUUUUUUGAUCCGAAAACAAAGAAACCGCUAGUUUAUCAAUAAAUUAUGAAAACGUUAACUGUUUUUCCCUGACACAUUCAUAAUUAUUACAUCUGCCAGUGUGCUGUGGCAAGUUUUUUUGUGCAUGUUUGAGCACAUAAGGCUAUGUAGGCAAUUAAAGGCUUGUUAUUAUGAUUUAUGUGGUUUAUAAAUAAACAUGAGACUAAUCAAAUAAUGCUUAAAAUGAACAACUACAACCAGAAAAAUUUAUUCGAGGGCAGCCCUAAAAUUUUGGGGGGAAAACAUUCCAGGAUUUUUUACCAUAUAGUGGACUUCAACAGUGGCCAACAGGUUAAUCACCUUUCCAACGUGAUUAUGUAAUGCGUGAAGAUGCGCAUGUGCACUGCAGAGCUAGUGCAAGAUGAGCAUUUGUGGUUAAAAAGUAUAUAUAUUUUUUUUAUUUGUUAGAAAAUGGCCAAUCGUUUUGCUAGAUAAAACCCUUAUUUCUUGGCUGGGAUCGUGUAGAGCUCUUUGAAGUUGCACUGAAAUUGCAAUUUGGACCUUCAACCCAUUGGCCACCAUUGAAGUCCAUUAUAUAGAGAAAAAUCCUGGAGUUGUUUUCCUUAAAAAACUUAAUUUCUCUGUGACUGAAUAAACACAAACAUCUUGGAUGACAUGGGGAUGAGUAAAUUAUGAGUUCAUUUGAGAAAUUUUCAUUCUGGAAGUGAACUUCUCCUUUAAUGUCUCACUUUAAUUAAAUUGAAGAAUAUUUUAUUUUUUCUUUAUAGGUCUUUUUAGAAAAACAAAACGUUUUUACUUUUUCUCAGCUAGAAAAAGAAGAAAAUAGUAGGCCUAGUUAAAAAAUGGUAUCCUCAGAAAUGUUUUAUGAAUCCAGGCCCUGUCCUCUUUUGACUGUCCCAUAAAAACACCAUAAAUCUCACUUGAAAAAGUAUGAGCCCAUGAUCUUUGAGCUUUGGUGAGCAUGACUGUUAGAACACAGCUAAAAUGUGAUCCCUAAAUGUCUAUCUGCUCUGUCAUUAAAGUUAACCGACCAGGAAACACAGAACUGAAAAAAAAAACUAUCACGAACAGCACAUUUCAGAAGUCUUCAAACUUUCGGGAAAACAUGAGCACUUACGCCAAGUCCUGUAAUAGUAUCUAGCAUAUUUAAACCUCAUUACUGUUCAAAUACUUCUCCUAUGUCCAUUAAAAAUACUUCUGUUUGUUUAAAACAGGCAUGGAUGGAAGGUUUAGUUUUAGGUGUGUUAAUAGGACUACUGGGCCGGCACAGCGGACGCAAAGUCGCAAACCAUUCGCUAUGCAGAAAAAUAGGUCUGUGAUUCUGGUUUUGGCAGUGAUGUUUGACAACUUGAGUCGAAUUUAUUUAUGGCCUGCACAGGCCAACUUGCUCAAUUUCUUUUGAAAGUCUAGCAGCUCACUGACAAUAAAGGAGAUUAGUUUCAAGUUCAGAUUCGCAAAGGAGACAGGAAAGUAAACCCAUUGUUUUUCCUAAGACUUUGGGACUUAUGGCAAACCACAACCAUUAGUUAGGCUAGCUGACAGUCAACCCACCUAGAAAGUGUUCAGAUCUGAUGCUCGGCUGCAUGCUAAAUAAUUAACCAGAUAUGUAAGCUCAAUGCAGAAGUGUCAUAGAAGUAUAUGAGAGGAUCCCUCUUCAAACAUUGUCAAAGAACUGUUAACAUUCCUCAUCCCACCACAUGCAUACCAGACAUACUUAUACAGGAAAAAAUCAACGUGAUCAAAUGUACCCGCAUGCUAAAAAAACACAAAGCAUUGCACAAAAGUUAAUAUUUCCUUCCCAAGGAACGUUUGGUAACCAGGCAUGGGAAAAUUCCCAGUGAUGAUUUGUUCUGGCGAGUGAAACAAUAUGUAAUUCAAACCAGGCACUCGUUGCAAUGUGAUCCGGUGUUUUUAUAAUCGAAUAUCUCAGAACAAAUUUAAUAUUUAUUAUACUUCCUACCCUGGUUCACGAAUCAUUUGAUUUAGGUAUGAAUGCGUGUAAUGAAUGUGUUGUUUUAUUAUUACCGAUUAGAUUUAUCAUACUGAAAGGUGGUCUUUCAUCCCGUCUGCCUGUCCGCAAACCCACUUUACAGCUGAAAUUAACCGCUAUCAGAUGGAGAUAAGACCUGAGCACAGUAAAAAAAAAAAAAAGCAUGUGCUGUUUGCUGUUGCCUGUGGUUACAUAACAACUUAAAGCAAUUUGGUACCCCCGCCUAAAGGGAAAACGGAACAAACACUCUCUUAUCAAUAAAUGUCCUCACUCAGUGUUUCCUGAGGAAACUCUGAACACUGAGCACAGCGAGUUAUGUGAGGGGGUGUGAGACGUGUUACAACAAGAUCAUUUCGCACGGUCUGCUUGGCGACUAUGGCCAGCCGUUCCAACUGUUUUUACUGUCGCGACGACCUCAGUGGAAAAAAGUUUGUGAGGAAAGACGAGAAACAAGUCUGUGUGCGAUGCUUUGACAAGUUCUGCGCCAACACCUGCACAGAGUGUCGGCGCCCAAUCAGCACCGAAUCCAAGGAGCUCCACCAUAAGGGUCGUUACUGGCACUCGGACUGUUUCCGAUGUGCCAAGUGCUAUAAGAAUCUGGCCAAGGAGUCUUUCACCUCUAAGGAUGACAGGAUCCUCUGUGGGACGUGCAGCUCACGUGAGGAUGCCCCUCGCUGCCACGGCUGCUACAAGCCCAUACUGGCAGGCACUGAGAAUGUGGAAUACAAAGGCAACUCGUGGCAUGAUGAGUGUUUCAUCUGCUAUCAGUGUCAAAAGCCAAUCGGCUCCAAAAGUUUCUUAACAAAGAACAACAACAUCUACUGCAGCCCUUGCCACGAGAAGAAAUUUGCCAAACAAUGCGCUUGCUGCAAGAAGCCCAUUACCACAGGAGGUGUGAAUUACCAGGACCAGCCGUGGCAUUCUGAGUGCUUUGUGUGUUCCUCCUGCCAAAAGCCCCUGGCUGGCACCCGCUUCACCUCCCAUGAGGAAAAGGUCUACUGUGUGGACUGCUACAAAAGCACUGUGGCCAAAAAAUGCGGCGGCUGCCAGAAUGCCAUUACAGGAUUUGGCAAGGCUACGAACGUAGUGAACUAUGAGGGUGGCUCUUGGCAUGAUUACUGCUUUAACUGUAAGAAGUGCUCCCUCAACCUGGCAGAAAAGCGCUUUGUAGCUCACAAUGGAGACAUAUAUUGCUCUGACUGCUCCAAGAAGCUGUAAGCGCCUGAUGAUUGUGGAGAAGCAGAAGAGUGAGAUUUCUUUAGAAAAAUAGCAGCUUUCAUUUGAAUUUAUACAAAAAUCCCACAUAAGUAUGUUGAAGUAUUGACAAAGGCUUCUGUUAUGUUGGUUCUGGCUUCUUUAUGAAGGGAGUUUGAUAUUUCCUGUCAGGAACGUUACGUUUACCUAGAGGCUUUGAUGGGAAAACGUAUCCUCUCUCUUUCCAAAAGCCCAUUUGUCUCAGGAAAGAUAGUAAGAGAGGAUGAAAGAUGAAUAAUGACUAGAGGUGUGUAUUAGGAAGGUCAAGUCUGUUGUUUUAAACAUAUUACUGGCACAUCUGUGUUUCAAAUAAUGUUUGGGUUAUAACUCUUAAAUCUUUAACAGCUUGUAAUUACAGACACUGAAACGUUCAGUACUAUGUGGUUCUGUAUCUUUUAGAUUAGUUCUUUGGGACUUGAUAUACUGUUUGUACAUUUUUGUCAUUCUCAUAUAAAAACUCCUACUGGAAAACAAUGAAAUGUGUAGCUUUUGACUGUCUUCUAACUUACACAUUCUGCUUAAUGUAACUAACAUGACAAUUAUGCUAUUUCAGUUGUGUAUGAUCUGAGAAAAAAAUAAAGUUAAGAUUCUGUCA